AUGCUAACGAAAGGAGCUAAGGAUUGGUGGAGUAAUACCAGGCAUAGAUUUAAUGAAGAAGGCAUUGAAAUCACUUGGAGACUUUUCCGUAGUGCAUUCUUGAAAAACUAUUUUCCCGAAGAUGUGCGUGGAAAGAAAGAAGUGGGAUUUCUAGAGUUGAAGCGAGAAAGAGGACGAUACCGUGGGAAACCGUAUGAAGAUAAGAAGAAGCAGGAAGCUGGUUUCGACAAGAAAACAAGUGGGGGAGACGCUCCUACUAAAGUUGUGUGUUUCAAAUAUGGACUAGCUGGACAUAAGAGAAAAGUAUGUAAUGCUAAGGCUAAGAAGUGUUACCGUUGUGGUAAGACGGGACACAUGUCUUCUGAUUGUAGGCAUAAGGAUGUCGUUUGCUUUACCUGUGGCGUUGAGGGGAAUAUUGAUAGUCAAUGUCAGAAACCCAAGAAGGAAUCGGGCAGUGGAAAAGUGUUUGCUUUAGUUGGAACUCAAACAGCUACUGAGGAUGGGAAUGUCGGAGGUGAGUAUUUCAUUAGUAGUACUUUUAAUUAG